AUGGGAAUCGAGUUGUGUCCACAUAAAGCCUUAGAUCAGCAUAAUUCUUCCGGCAACACAAAUUUAGUGGAUGAGGCUAUUUCUUCCAAUGAACCGGUGGAGCAAAGUCAAGCAUGUCUUUACAUAGAAUAUUCUUUCACCAUUCCUCAAUCUUCUGCUGCUGUGGUCGCUCAGAAUUUCAGUUUCAGUAGCCAAUUGACAACCGGCGUAGAGCAAGUCCCUAAUCCUAACCGAAAGAUUUUUUGGAGUGUUUCAGAGCCAGGGGUGAUGACAGGGAGACAUUACAUAGCCCAUCCAUAUUUGGAUCAUGGACGAAUCCCGGAUUCGUUGUCAAAUUUAUCUGGUUCAAACCAAGUCAAUGACGAUGGCUCCAUACGAGAGGAGGUUGACCCUUACAUGGAACUGUCAGAACAAUUCCAGAUAGAAAGAGAUCAGUUAUACAUCAUGAUUGGUGGUCACGAAAAUGGCAACCAAGGCGGAAGCGUCAUGAAUGGUGGAAGCAGUGGAGCUGGAAACAGUGAUGGACCCAAUGGAAAUGGUAUAAAUGGAGGUGGUGAGAACUAA